AUGAGUGUCAGUACCUAUAGCGACGACCCUCUGGAGCAAGCAGGCAACCUCGCAAGCUGGCUUGUUGGGCUAGGCGACAACGAUUGGGCGUCGUAUCAAGGCAGCACCGUAGAACAGUGCAAACACCCAGGACGAAGGGAGAGGAUCGUUGGCUUGAUAAAGGCUAGUAGAAUCGAGACGACUGGAAGGAUAGCCUUUGUCUUCCGAUGUCGCGGCCCAUUCGUCGGAACCCUCAAGCCCACGCCACGCGAAACGUUCCCCGGUAACAUCAUACUCAUCUCUCAACGAGAACCAUCCGCCUUCUACUUGAACGGCACCUUGAUCAGUCCGGGAGACAGACAGGAGAUCGAUGGGCCUGCCCGCAUUGAAGUUGGCGCUGAAGAAGUGGUGUUUUUCUUGGCAACCUUCACAAAGAAGGUGUAG